AUGGCUCCCCCACAACUCCCAACGCGCAAGCUGGGCAAGAACGGCCCUGAGAUUACCGCCCUUGGAUAUGGCACGAUGGGUCUAUCCGCUUUCUAUGGCGCGCCCAAGCCGGACGAGGAGCGCUACGCCGUGCUGGACCACAUCUACAACUCUGGCUGUCUGAACUGGGACACGGCCGACAUGUACCAGGACAGCGAGGACCUGCUCGGCCGCUGGUUCAAGCGCAACCCGGGCAAGCGCGAGAACAUCUUCCUGGCCACCAAGUUCGCCAACUACGUCGACCCCAAGACGGGCGAGCGCUCCGUCCGCAACGAGCCCGAGUACAUCCAGCAGGCCAUCGACAAGUCGCUCAAGCGGCUCGGCCUGCCAUAUGUCGACUUGUACUACUGCCACCGCCUGGACGCAAACCAGCCCAUUGAGACCACAGUCGCCGAGAUGAAGAAGCUCCAGGACGCCGGGAAGGUGAAAUACCUCGGCCUGAGCGAGUGCAGCGCAGAAAGCCUGCGCCGCGCCUGCAAGGUUGCGCACAUUGACGCCGUCCAGAUCGAGUACUCGCCCUUCUCGCUCGACAUCGAGUCGCCCGAGAUCGACCUGCUCAAGACCGCCCGCGAGCUGGGCGUCGCCACCGUAGCCUACUCUCCCCUGGGCCGCGGUUUCUUGACAGGCAGCAUCCGCUCGCGGGACGACUUCGGCGAGGGCGACUUCCGCUCGUUUGCUCCGCGGUUCUCCGAGGAGAACUUCCACAAGAACCUGGAGCUUGUUGAUGCCAUCAAGGCCGUGGCCGACAACAAGGGGGUCACGCCUUCGCAGCUUGUGCUGGCUUGGUUGAUGGCGCAAGGGGAUGAUAUCAUCCCCAUUCCCGGCACGACGCGGAUCCCGAACUUUGACGAUAACAUGGGCGCCUUGAAGGUUCAGAUCACGAAGGAGGAUAAUGAGAAGAUCAGGGCGGCUAUUGCGAGCACCGAGGUUGCGGGUUCUAGAUAUCCCGAGGCCUUCGCAAGCGCUCUCUUUGUUACGACCAAGCCGUUGUAA